AUAUACUAGUAAUCUGUGGUAGCAAGGUUAGAUUUUAUGAUGCAAUGUUAUGAAUUUGCCAUAAAAUAUUAUAUAAUAAAACAAUUAGAAUAAAAUUAAACAAAAAGAUAAAAAUUCAAAAUGAGCGAUAAAAUAUUUGAAUAUGAUGUCGAGUCUCAUGCCGACAAGCUCGCCAGAAAGUCCAAGGAUUCACCAUUUAUGAUAAUAGGUAUAGUCGGACUUAUUGGCGUGUGUGGCUUGGGUGUGUACAAAUACAAGAACAGAGGCAAAAUGAGUACAAGCGUCUACCUCAUGCAGCUUAGAGUGGCCGCUCAGGGGACAGUUGUAGCGGCACUCACUAUAGGCUUAGGAUAUCAACUAGCAAAUAAAUAUUUAUUCAAAUCAGUCAAUAAGGAAGAAUAAAUAGAUAUGUGCUUAGCUAAUUAUGACUUGUUGUUGUGUAGUUGCAAUUUCUGCUUGUUUCAGUAUUGUUAAAAAUCUAACCUCACUUGUACUACUCAGUAGAAAUGUUAAAUGUCCCUAAAUUCUUUUAAAACAGAAUCUCAAAAUUAGAAAGCAGAAUCUCCAAUCUGGCAGUCAAAUAAUUAUUUAUUAUUAAUAUUAUGAGAAUAACAUUUUGUUGAUAAGAAUAUCCAAAUUGUCAAUACAAAGAUCUACUGGAUUUGUUAAACUACUUUAUGAAUAUUAUUCCAACACCAGUACAUUCAGGUAUUUAUUUUAAUGUCUAGGUGUUUAUUUUAAUGUCUAGCAAGUAACAUUAAUUUCUGUGAUUUACUACAAAUACCUUUUACUCAAAUGUUAUAUUCCAUCAAUCAACCUCGAAGGUUACUUAUUUUGUGAUAAAAUAUUGUAUUAAAUGUGUCCGUUAUUGUGA